GUUUAAAAUUGUUUGAGAAUUUUUUUUUUUUCUUCUUUAUAGGAGAGAUGUAAAAACCAUAAAAUUGGAGGUGACCAAUGUUAUGCAUCAGAAGAAGCUUUUGAAUAUUUUUGGUGUUAUCAAGGGAUUUGAUGAACCAGAUCGCUAUGUUGUAGUUGGUGCACAGAGGGAUGCUUGGGGACCUGGUGCAGUCAAAUCUGCUGUAGGAACAUCCAUACUUCUUGAACUUGCUCGUGCAUUAUCAAGAAUGGUUGCAUCCGAUGGCUUCAGGCCUCGACGAAGCAUUGUGUUCGCAAGCUGGAGUGCUGGUGAAUUUGGAGCAGUUGGUGCUACAGAGUGGCAGGAGGUAGGUUUGGGUAUAUUUUUAAAAAGGCAUUUAAACAGAAAUUAGAUGCAGUGUUAAAAUGCAGCUUUUUGACAAAUAAUUUUAUGCUCAGCACACAAGGUGUUUUUCUCCUGUUAAGUGUGGUCAGUCCACG